AUGUUGCGAGAGAGUUCAUCAGAAGAGUCCAACGACAAGAAGAGCGAUGAAGAAUCUGAUUACGAAGCUAGUGAAAGCAACGACGACAUUAAUGGAGAUGACGAUGAUGUCGUUCUGGUAGAUAAAGGGAAGUCGACGAUGAUUCCAAGAAGAAAAAAGUCUAGAGAUGAUUCCGCAAGAAACUCUGGGAUUAGCAUACGAGAGCCAACAACAGCUCCAUCGAUUUUGAAGAAGCGUAAAAGCGACACACUUCAUCUUCCGGCUAAACGAAUCAAAGAUCGGAUCUUCGGAUCACCAUCAUCAUCAUCAUCAUCAUCAUCAUCGACUAACAAUGCUUCAGUCGCAGUGCCAAUAGAUCCAUGGCUACAACUUGCUACAGCAUGUCGUGAUUCUCAAGUCAAACCCUCUUCGAACCCUAGUCAAGUGAACAUCAAUGGAGAAACCAACACUACAACCUCUUCUUCUUCUCAGUCUUCUUCGAGUAUUCCAACUUCAGUCUCGAGAUCGAACCUUCAAGAUUUCAGCUUUUUGUCACCAUUAGCAUCAGAAAACACAAGACGAUCAUCAUCAAGCUCAAGUGUUCAAUCUCAAUCUCAAGACAACAUUCCAAGAUCUUCGACUUCUUCUCAACAACAACAACAUUCUUCUUCGUCUUCAGAGUUGAGUCGACCUCGACCACAACGAUACCUCAUGAUUGCGCCUCUAGCAACUGAUAUGCAACAAAGACUCUAUGGUUUCAUACAGCAGCCUCCAUAUUUGCCCAUCCUUCCAGGUCUUCCACUCUGCAUUCCAAUCGUUAAUUUUGAUGACAACACUAUUCAAACAGUCCCUGGAUACACUCGAGUUCCAUUGGACGCCACUACAAGUUUGUGCUGGGCUAUGUUCACCAAUCCGUCUUAUCCGAGCCUCAACGGUUUCGACUUUGUGCCAUCAUUGUUCAAAGGAAACAACACAAAUCCAUUGGCUGCAGUGUCCUCUGUUUCGGACUCUGUUUCUGGGACAGUACCAUUGCCUGCAGUGUCCUCUGUUUUAGGUUCAAGUGUCGAAGCUCAAGCCAACGAUACAAGACGAUGGGCUUCUGUACUUUCGCCUGAGUUGCUCAACUACCAACAGCAACAACAAAAUCACUCUUACCUUGCGCCUCAAGCAAGUGGUAUUCCAAUAACAACUUCUGGAAACAAUCCUAAUCCAAAUGCAUUCGGAGGAUAUACUCAAGCUCAAAUGGAGGCCAUGACAAGAUCGUAUCGGAAUUUCCACGCCGAUCCGUCUUCCUCCAACCUUCACGGUCCCAGCUUUGUUGAUUCCAGCUUGGUGCCAUCGUUUCAAGGAAACAUCACAAGACCAUCAACUGUCAAUCUUCACCGUCCAAUCUCUGUUUCCGGGCCAUCAUCAAGUUCAAGUCUUGGAGCUCAAGCCAACGUUGUAGGAGGAUAUAACUCUGGACUUCUGCCUUCAAUGACAAAUGACCAACAGCAACAACAACAUCACCCUUCUUCAAUGGAUGUGAGAGGUUUAGAUCUUAACCUGCCGGCUAAUGAUGAAGAUGGGGGUGAAAGAAAUGAAGAAGAUGAAGGUUUUGAUCUCAACUUGGGGCUCGGAUGA